AUGGAUCUCUAUAGCUUCAGAAGUUUCCAAGUCUUUUGCGUAUUUACUUCUUCUGAACCUGUUUGUGAAUUGUGAGAAAGUAACCAGCUUCAUGGCUGAGCAUCGGGAACCAAAUCUCGACGACGAUGGUUCGAAGUCGUAUUUCCGGAGAACGGUUGUCCUGAGAGAUUGGUGGUUGGUAAAAUGUCCAGUGGAGUUCGAAGGCAAACGAUUUGGUGUUGCAGGAAUCGAAGAUUCCCUUGAGUCACGAGCAGUGCGUGUGUUUACAUCUUCUCCAAUCAUCAAAGCUUUAGAUGUUUUCACGCUCUUAUCAUCUGAUGGAAUCUAUAUCACUCUCAGAGGUUUUCUCAACAAAGAACGCGUUGUUAAAAAUGGGUUUACCCCUGAGAUUUCCCGUGAAUUCGUCUUCGGGUUUCCUCCUUGUUGGGAACGAAUUGUUACCAAUUGCUCUGGAGGAGGAGCCUCCUUAGGCACUGAUACCAGUACCGUCCCUUCAACAGUCGCUAGAGCUUGUUAUCCCAUUUUAUCACCAUGUAAGAACAAUAAACAGAAUAUAGAGGAUAGUUCAGCAGAGGGGAGAGAUGAAAGCAUUGUGCCCGACAUGAAUAUGGGCCAUAUGGCAGAGAUUAUUAAUACUAAAGAUGUUUCCAGAGCAAAAGAUAGAAAUACUGCGAGGAGAAAGUCUCUUCAUCUGCAAACAAAAUCUGGUGGAAAAAAUGCAGAGCAGGAAAAGAUACUUGAAUCUAGUAAAGUCCGCAAUACUACUAGUGAUGGAGAUCAUGGUAUGGAAGAGUUGCACAAGGGUAAGACCGGUGAUGUUGAAAAAGAUGAAUGCGAGACUAUUAAUAAUGAAGACGAGGAACGGGAACUCGAUGAGAGUAAACUCCAGAAUCUGACUACUAUUGAUGGGGAUCUUGGUAGUGAAGGUUUGGACAAGGCUAAGAGCGGUGAUGUAGAACAAGAUUAUUGUGAGGCUAUCGAUAAUGGAGUGAUAUCGUCAGCUGAUGGAUGUGGUAAAAACCAAACAGGUGCAGAUAAUGUUGUUAGAGUAACAAGUACGAGUAUUACUGGAGCAUCACUGACUUCAGAACAGCAAAAAGGUGAACUGAGAGAUGUAUGCGAGGCUAUCAAUAAUAGAGACGAUAAACGGAAACUCGAAGAGAGUAAACUCCAGAAUCCGACUACUAAUGAUGGAGAUGAUGGUAGUGAAGGUUUGGAUAAGGCUAAGAGCUGUGAUGUAGAAAAAGAUGAAUCUGAGGCUGUCAAUAAUGGAGUGAUAUCGCUAGCGGAUGGAUGUGGUAGAAAGCGUACUGAUGCAGAUAAUGUUGAUAAAGUAACAAGUACAAGUGCUACUGGAGAAUCACUGACUUCGGAACAGCAAAAAACUGAACAUGAGGUAACAGCGGCAUCUCCACAUUCCCUGUUUCAAGAUUUAGAUAAGAGUAGCAAACCUGGGAAGAGAGGAAAAUCGAAGAAAAAAAGUCGUAAGACCCUCAAAAAUACUGGCAAUGUAGUAGAACCUAGUAAUUGUUUGGAGGCCAAAGUAAAAAGUGCAGAGAACAAAAGGAAACUCCAGAAUCUGACUACUAAUGAUAAAGAUCGUGGUAAGAAAGGUUUGAAUAAUGCUAAAAGCAAUGACGUAGAAAGAGAUGAUUGUGUGGCUAUCAAUGAAGAAGUGAUAUCACCAGUGGAUGGAUGUGCUAGAAGGCAUCCUGGUACAAAUAGGGUUGGAAAACUAAUAAGUAAGAAAGCUACUAAAGAAUCACUGACUUCAGAACAACGAAAAGGUAGAGUGAAGGAAACAAAGACAUCUCUGCGGUCCCUGUCAAAAGACUUGAAUAAUAGCAGCAAGCCUGCAAAGAAAGGAAAUUCAAAGAAGAGUGAAAAGACCCUUAAAAGAGACUUGCAUGCAGCUGAGGAAAAUUUUGCAUGUGAAAGUGAAGAAAACUUGUCGUGGGGAAACACAAAGAGGAAGAUUGACUUUGAUGUGGAGGUAACACCGGAAAAUAAAGUGAAGAAGCAGAAGACCAAAGCGGUGUAUACUGAUUCAUUGGGACAGAAACGGUCAAGAUCAGGAAGGGUGCUUGUUUCACCACUAGAGUUUUGGCGCAACCAAAUUCCUGUUUAUGAUAUGGAUCGGAACCUUAUCCAAGUAAAGGAUGGUCAUGACUCAUCACAAGGAAAAGGAUCGAAGUCUCGAAAGCCAAGAAGCUGAAAAUUAAACACUAUCUCAAUCAAACUUCGGUAACUAAUAAUUAGGGUUGAUGUCUCUAUGAGUCUGACCCUGUAAAUAUUUUGGUUGGUCGUAAAACUCUCUUAGGAAUUGUAGCUUAGUAAUAUAUUAUGGUUUUAUUGACAUUGAGUUCCACUUAUUUCUUACAUUUGAGUAUUUGACGUAGUAAAUUUUUAGUA